AUGGUCGUCCUCCGCCAGUUCCUCCUCCUUGUCGCCCUCGGCACCCUUUCCGAGGCGUCCAGGAAGUCCAGUGGUCCCCCCCUGGGCUCUACCGUUCCCAAGAAGGAAGCGGCUGCCCAAAAGAAUGCCGUUCACGGAGGGACCCACCCCGGUUUCUCCCCGGGGGCACCACCCGCCCAGGUACAUGGCGCCAGCCCGGCCAUCAACAUUGCGAACCCCAUCAGCAUCCCCCUGGUGACCAGCCCGGGCGGCGGCGGCGGCGGCGGCUCGCCACCCCUCCACCUGGCCCCCGUCUACCACGCGCCCGUCUACCAUGCGCCGGCGGCGGGGCCCGCCUCGCCCGCGCCCGCGCCGAUUAACAUCCAAACCCAGCCUGCUCCUCAGCCGGCCGCCGCCGGCGCGCGGUCGCAACCUGCGACACUGCAUGUUGCGCUCACGCAGCCGGCCACGACGGAUGUAGACGGCCUCAUCGUCUCGGAUGCCGAGGAGCCCGUCGCGUCCAGCCCCCCAGGUCGACACCGCCGCAGCCAAAUCAUUGAAGCCGAACGUCUCGCUUCGGAAGCAUGA